GAGAGAGAGAGAGAGAGAGAGAGGAAGAGAGAGAGAGAGAGUCUGCUGUGGUGGUUGGUGUUGGAAAUCGGACGACAUGAGCUCUACAUGAACCGUGUAAAAUGCUUUAAGACGCUUUCGGCGUUUGUCUUACAUCCGUCUAAACCGAGGACGAGCCUGAAGCGGAUCUGUAUCCUUCACGACCAGGUGUAACACUGUCUUAAGCCUGAGGGGGGCAGAAUGCCGGAGCAGAGCAACGACUAUCGCGUGGUGGUGUUCGGGGCGGGGGGAGUGGGGAAGAGCUCCCUGGUCCUUCGCUUCGUGAAGGGCACCUUCAGGGACACCUACAUCCCCACAGUGGAGGACACCUACCGCCAGGUGAUCAGCUGCGAUAAGAGCGUGUGCACCCUCCAGAUCACCGACACCACGGGGAGCCACCAGUUCCCGGCCAUGCAGCGCCUGUCCAUCUCUAAAGGCCACGCCUUCAUCCUGGUCUACUCCAUCACGAGCAAACAGUCCCUGGAGGAGCUCAAACCCAUUUACCAACAGGUUUUGGCCAUAAAGGGCAACGUUGAGGCAAUCCCCAUCAUGCUUGUGGGCAACAAGAGCGAUGAGACCCAGCGGGAGGUGGAGACGAAGGACGGGGAAGCCCAGGCCAACCAGUGGAAGUGCGCCUUCAUGGAGACGUCGGCCAAGACCAACCAUAACGUAACCGAGCUCUUCCAGGAGCUCCUCAACCUGGACAAGAAGAGGAACAUGAGCCUCAACAUCGACGGCAAGCGCUCGGGGAAGCAGUCCCGCGCCGAGAGACUGAAGGGCAAAUGCAGCGUGAUGUAAAUCCAGAAGAGGAGGAGGAGGAGAGGGGAGGUGGAGGUUGAGAGAGAGAGGGAGGAUGAGGGAGAAAUACAGAGAAAAGGAGGAAAACAAGGAAGAGGAGGGACUCACUAACCGUAACACUCAGAGCAAAACGUAUGGAAGGUAACAGGAAUCUCAUCAUCCACGUCCUCCUCCGUUUGACUGUCACAAACACAACAGUUAUUUUUUAAAACAUCCAGGAUUUCAGUUCGGAGCUUUACAUCCAUGUGCAUUCUGCUAAAAGGAGACACGAGGGGGGACUGACGCAGAGGCAAAUUAAAAACAAGAAGUGCGUGUCACAGAUGAAUUACCCAUGGAUGUCGGCCUUAGUCAGAAACAGAGCGGGUGUGGACUUCUUUUGCAUCAUCCACGUGCCACAAAAUCUGGCUGAGGAGCUCAUCAAGACCUUGGACUGCAAUAAAAACCACAGACUGCAGCACCUCUUGGAAAAAGAUUUCAUAUCUACACAAAACAUUUAGCGUCCGUUCUCACUUCUACAUCCAACCCCUCCUUCCCUGUUCAGCCCACACCCCUCGUCAUCCCAGCACCCUCAUCCUCCACCUACAAUAUAGAGAAACGUAACGUGUAUGUAACAGAGUCGACAAAGGCAGUUAAGCUCACUCAUCUGGUAAAAACACUAUUUUAAGAGACUGAGGCGUCCGUCACGCUAGAAAGCACAGGACCCAAAGGUUUGAACGGCAUUACAGCAGCAAAACAUGCGACCUGGCUGCACCCUGAGGACUCUGAUGUAUAUAAAUCUAUUCCAUCUAGUCGACACAUGCCCCGCCCAAACUACUACAUCAGUCAGAAGAAUCUUCUCAUCUCCUCCUCCUAAUCAUCCCUCCAGAAAGAUUAAAAAAAACAUUUCCUUUAUCCAGCUGUCAUUAUGUUAAAAACUCAUCUGCGAACUCUCUAAAUGUCCUCAUCUGAAGUGGAGAAGCAUCCAGCGGCAGGGCAUGCACACACGCUACUACUGAUACGACGCAACAAUCCUUUUAAGACUCUCAUCUAGCGAAGAAUAACUCUGGAUGAAAAGAAGCUCAUCGUCAGCAUAGAAAUACACGUCUGCCUUGUCCACGAGGGUGAUACACUCGGAUAAUCAUUGCCAAGCCGGUGAGACGAAAGAGAUAAUUUUCUCGGUUCUGAGGUCAAGAAUGUCAGUUGGCACUUUUCAAGUGAAGGUUUCUCUUCUUUUGCCUUUUUUUGUUUGUUGUUUGUUUGCUUUAUGAUGCUCUUUAAAGUCAUGUAAAGGUCAAAAAGAAGCCCUCGUUAAACAAAAAGCACACCGAGAAAAAUAAAUAAAUAGAUAAAUAAGGGAUGGAUGUAAAAUCGCUCCGUGCAGAUUAUUCAGCGCGAUCGCUAAAUUCCUCUUUAGUUGCUUUGGUGACAUUACCUCUCGUACUGUACGCUCAUGCAGGCAUCGGUAAACAGGAAACAGAAUGAGUCAAACAUAUAUAUACACACACACACGGCAUGCUCACAAAUGCAUUCAUGCAAGUGUCAAAAAAAGAAGAAUAACACUGUUGACUGAUUACAUGAAGACAAACAGGGCUCACUCAGCCUCAAUGCCCUCACAUUGCACUUUAUACCAUAAACACACACACACAUGCACACACACACACAAUUGUAAUCUGUCAUGUUUUUGCCUACGUUAUCUCCGUUUAACACAGAAUAUCCUCCUGGAGCCAUUAAAUAGCUCCACUGUAUGUCCAAAGUGCAUGUACACACCCUUUUAUCUUUUCCACGCAGGAGCUCUGAAUAUUGUACACAGUGUACACAGGACAGCCAAAAGCACAAUACUUUUUUACCGACAUAUCUAUUUAUACAUUUUUGUUUGUAUGUUUUCUUUUAUUUUUUGUCUUCUUUGUGCAUCUUUAACAUUUAUUCACUAGUCCUGAACAUGAAAGAACAAUCGCGUCAUGAUCACCGGUAGCUUCUCCAUCUCGAUAUAUAUAUAUACAGUAUAUAUAUAUAUAUGUAUAUUUCAUUUGUCCGGUACAUGGCACAAUGAGAUUGUGGUUCUGCUGAACAACAGGGUAUCGGUUAGCUGUGGUGGUGAAACGCGCGAACGCAACGCAUAACCCCACAGAAUUGAAAAGGACGAAGAAGAGGGUCAGAUUAUUUAUCUACUUUUCUCCAUCUCUCAGGCGGUUUUAACAACAAUUUGGGUGGAGGAUAAUCUGCUCGUGUACUGUUUAAACCCAAAGACACAGAUGAUGCCCCCUUUUAACUGAGUGUCCAUCUCUCUGGAAAAAAAAAAGAAAAGAAAAAAGCACAGCAACUGUUUCCGUCUGUCUUUAUGUGUGCAGCAGAAUCAACAACUGGGCACUUUAGGGUGACAUUUUACUUGAAGACUUGCUUAUUAAUCAGCAAUGCCUCAUUUAUAAGCACCAUGUAAAAUGUCCCUCAUGCAUUCUUCACGCCCUGAGAGACCCACAUAUUUCAAACGGUGUAGUUAUUGUAAAUAAAGCAUAUGGUAGUUGAAUGAAAUGUUUCUAAGAGCUUCAAGUAAGAUGUUACCCAUGUAAAGAAAAACUGUACCCGCUGUCUUUCUGGGAAUAAGUCCUUUGUAACCAGGAAAUGUUGUUACAGUAGGAGGUUCGAUGUUGCUAUAAUAUACAGCUUAAUAAUCAUGAUAUAUUGUAUUUGACACAUCCACUCUUCAGAUCUAUCAGAUAAUACUAGCAAAAUGUGAAUAAUGUAACUAAAGGUUCCACUCCAUGACUAUUUUUUAUUUUAUUUUGAAAGCCGAAUGAAUCCGUUGUUAUCGAUGUGUUGUACUUUGCACUAACGUGAGGUCCUGUUAAACUCAAAAAUUUGCAUUGUAAAAAACGUACCCUUUACCUGUUAAACGCCAGGGAUGCUCACUCGUACUCUUUCUUCUUCUUUUUUUAAUCAGUUUAUUUUAUUUUUUUAAAAAAAACAUGUUUUAGAUGCCAGAAGGAUGGAGCGAUUUCUGUCACGUACCUUACCUGAUGUGUCCUUCUAAAGGUUUAACAAAGUUAGAAAAUUAUCUGUAUAAGUAUCAGACGGUUCUGGCCUGAUCUGAUGUGUAGCUACCGGCAGCGGUGGUGCACACGCUGCAUAAAUAUGAGCUUUGACACGUCCGGUUGCUUUCACGCAAAACGCCAGCUUGCGACCAGCGCAUGUUUGUGCAAACUGUUGUUCUGCUGACGUCUACUGUCGUCGUUCAUGUCCCUGCGUGGAAUAUGAUACAGCAGGGAGGAAGGGGGAAACAAAAAACAAAACAAUGAGAUGCUGGAGCGAGAGGCUGUGCUAUUAAUAGAAAUAGUGUGAAAUAAUGGAGUGCACUAACUAACUAGCCUGUGUUAAGAUUCAAAAACGUGCUUGCAUGUGAGGAGGCGUGCAUGGGAAGUGUGUGUGUGUGUGUGAGCGUCCGUGUGUGAGUUAAACGCUGGCAUGAAUCAGGACAGACACCUCUGCCCCCGUCCUCCCAUGGCUUGUCUCAUCUCGUUUAUCGGUGAAGCAUAUUAUUCACCGCUGCUGUCUGUGUGACCAUGACUGCAUCCAUGUAUGUGCGCAAUCAGCCACCUAUUUGCAUCCCCAUCACUCUGGCCUGCAUGAGUGUGUGUGUGUGUGCUGUUGUUGUACCAUCUUAUGAAAUGUCUGUCAGAUAUUUUGAAGCUUUCCUGUGCAGAAUGCCCACACAUUUCUGCAUGAGUCAUCCUUCACACACACACACACACACACAAGCAUAUAAAACAGGCAUGGAGGCAAAAUAGACAGACUGCAUGCCCUUAGCUGCACACACACACUUGUACACGCAUUCACACAGGCCUUGUCAGUGAAACCUCAUUCUCUCACUGGCUGUGUUUUUUCUGCUCUGCGCUGUUACCGCUGUCAGCUCUACUUCUCCAUAAAUCAUCUGUCCGCCCCCUGAAGUUUCUUUCACAUUCACCCCUCUGUUUUUUUCUGUUUGUUUUUUGUUCGUGUGUGUGUGUUUGUGAGUCGGUUGCACUUGAACAGACGGAAGGCCGACCCUGCUCACAUCUGAUUGUAGAUAGUUGUAAAUAGUGUUCAAAGGACAUAAUAUUUCAGAGAUGAGAGUGUGCGGAGGAGAGGAUGCUGUGGUGGGAAGGUGCCGUCACCUGCGUUUUUCCUUCUUAUAGUCAAAAGUGUCCAAUUCAAAAUAACGCGGCACAGUUUCCUUCAGAGGAGAGCUACUUGGUGGCUUUAUGUCAACUUCACCAGCUGUCAUGAAGUUGUUAAAACUUUGGGCUUUUUCCAAAGUAUGAUUUUCUCUGCAAGAAAAACUUUAAAGGAGGAAAUCUACGGAAGCCCAAAGUGGCCAGUAUUAGAUUAAUUAAAUAUGAUGUGAAAUGAAUAAUCAUAUACAGACUAUAGAAUAUAUAAUAUGUAUGAAAUAAUGCAAUGAAUGUUUAAAAUUUAGUUCAUUAUUAUAAAAUUUCAUCCGGCUUCUUUUCACAAUCUGCAGGUCAUUUUUAUUUUAUUCAGUGUUUUUUAUUUCCAAAUGUCAAUUUUACUGUUUUUUUAUGUUUCCCAAUGAACAUUUACUUUACAAUGCCACUUUUCAUCACAAAGGUUGCGUCCAAAAUUCCGUACUAACAUGCUAUUUAGUACGCUAAAACAGUAUGUGAGAUUUUUUUUAGUAUGUAUGAAACCAAUAGUACGAGAAUUGCAAACUGUCUUCGGUGAAAUAUUACAGUAUGCAUAUGCUGGACUCUAUGGUGGCAUGAAUAUCCCACAAUGCAAUACGGUAGUGACGACAACUUUUCAUAACACAUGUUGACGGAAAGCUCUGUAACACCAAUAAUGCUUCAAUUUAACUGUAAAGUAUAAAAUUUCCCUUUGCUAGGUGAAAUAUAUUUUUUUGAAUUAAUUCAGAUUUUGAUUCUCACAAAUUUUGGUCAAUGGGGUUGGCACUGGUUACCAUGGUUACACGUCUCCAACCAGCAAGAAGGCUCUCAGGAAGUGCUGACGUAAAUUACUGCUCAGAUCGUCCAAAAAGAUAUUUACUACAGGAUAUUCCUUGUUUGUUUUGAUGAAAAGUGGCAUUUUAAAAAUAAGCAGUUAUUGUAGAAUAAAAACAGACAUUUGGAAAUAAAAAUAAAAAUGUCCUGAAAUUAAAUUAUUGUGAAAGGAAGCAGAAUAAAAUAAUAUUUAAUAAGCUGAGUUUUAAAAAUAUUUUGGAUUAUUUCACAAUUUAUGGUUAAAUAUUGUCACAUGAUUAUUUAUUCCAUAAUGGUAUAUUCAUUUAUUUAAUAUGAAACACUUUGGGUCUCCAUAGAAAUCUACAUUGGCACCAAAUUUUGAUUAGGACCAGGCACCUCCACCUUGUUCGAGGUUAACUGGAUACUUACUGGUCAUGUUGCUUUAGAGCAUGUUGCUGUACAGCAGAGGAAGUGUGGUUCACAUGUGUUCUUCCAUAGCAGGAUGGGAAACGUGACCCUGUGACGCUGAAACGAAGGGCAGUCAGUAAAAUCUAAAUACACAGGAAAGGUUGUGGUUUUCUAGUCGGUAUGUUCCAUAAACUCAUUCCUACCAACGAGGGCAGGUUGCCGUCCUGUUGAGUCGAGCUAAGAGGCCGAGGAUCUGAAGGAAAUCAGUGUUGGGAGGAUGAAAACGGACCCCGUUAACCUCUCCGGCUCACCCCUUUACAUCUCGUCUGAUCGCCUCAGAUCCUCACAAGCUGUUUUUUUGCGGACAGGGGCCGUAAAGUGGGGCGUAUAGACUUUGUGGGUAAUGUAGUUUGGUACUAUCCUGUCGCUCUGGCCCUUCAUUCCUGCAUGGUCCCUAUUGGUGUUCCAGCCAGCAUGAGAACAAGGACACAAACUGUGAAUCAUCUUUGUAUUUUUUAAAUAAAUUCCUCAGCAGCAUUUACGGCUUCGGUUUUGCAAAUGUUUUCUUUUAAAGCACUUAUUGUUUUUUGUAAAUUAUUCUAUUGGUUUAUUUUUUUUUUCUGUUGGGACUUUUUUUUUUAUUUAUUUAACUAAUUAUGAUGUAUAGAUAUUUAUUCUAGCAAUAGUCUUCCUAUUAAGAUAUACUGUGCUGAUGCAUCCUCUGAAUAACUGAAAAUAACAUAUAUAUAUAUAUAGAUGAUAAUAAUAAUCAAAUCUGCAAAAUGAUUUUCCUAAUAAAAAUGUGAACUGAG